AUGCCAAAUGGUCUUCUCAGAUACGACAACAGUCUAGACAGUCGGCGGCAACUGGAGCAGUUGUCUUCUGGUCUCCACCAGGGAAGAACAACAAGGACGAGCUUUUCGCGUUCCCUUACUUCGCCUCAUUUCCCAAGCUAUGCGAUCGGCGGUCUUGAAGCUGCCAACCAAUUGAGUAUAAUUUCUGAAGGUCUCAGGUUGCGGGAACCAUCUGCCUACAAGGCGCGCAAACAGUUGGUUGCAGAUGCUGAUGAGCGAGUCGAUGAAGUAGACGAAGAAGAAGAAGAAGUGGCUGACAGGUUUAGAGAGUCAUGGGCAACCUAA